GACACAUAUUAGGAAUAGCGUUUGGAUUUUCAAUUUUUUGGUCUAUCGUUUCAAAAGUUAAUGUUAAAAAUGUUGGUUUACGAAAAAAUUAACUUGGAAAAUUCAGAUUUGGGCGAAUACGAAUUGAUUUUUGCUCAUGUCAUUUACAGACACGGUGAUCGCAAUGUGAUGGAAUCUUAUCCUAAUGAUCCGUACAACGAUGAAGAGUUUUGGGACAAUGGCUUUGGUGGAUUAUCGAAUUUGAGCAAGCGGCAGCAAUACGAGUUAGGAAAAUACUUACGUGCACGUUAUCAAAAACUGAUUGGAGCACAUUAUUCCCCGAAAAAAGUGUACAUCCGCAGCACAGAUGAGGAUAGAAAUCUACAAAGUGCCCAAUGUAACGCAGCUGGAAUGUUCAACCCAACUGGAGAUGAAGUCUGGAACAAACUCGGAUGGCAACCGAUACCAAUACAUACAGUGCCACUCAGCGUACGUUUUAUGGAAAAAAGUUCCGGAUUAAAGCUAACAGAACUGGUGGACGUCUUGAAUUUGUACAAUAUUAUUUAUGUCGAAAAUCUACAAGGGCUUGAUCAAACGAUACGCUGGACUAUAGGAGCGAUAAAUUAUCAGUCGGUGACACAUUCGGUUGAAAUGAAGAAAAUAAGAGCUGGCUUCUUGAUCAAGGAAAUGUUGGACCGUUUCAAGAAUAAGACUUUAUCUCUCCUUACACCAGAUCGUACGGUUUACCUUUACGCGGCUCAUGGAAGCGUCAUCUCGAACGUAUUGAAUUCACUCAACUUAUUUGAUGUGAAAAUACCACUGUUUUCAUCGAGCAUUCUAUUCGAGUUGCAUCAACGUGACACCGAAUACUUUGUUCAAGUAACUUAUCGAAAAACAGUAUCAGAAAAUGCAUCAUCAUUCGAGAUACCAAAUUGCGGAACCAUGUGUCCAUUGAAUAGAUUCUACGAUGUAUAAGGAUGUUAUACCUCAGGAAGGCGAAAGCUAUGAAUCUCUCUGUCGGUUGAAUCUCUCUGUUGCUUCAAAUAAUGUUAGCCCAUAUCUAAAGAACAUUUGUGUACUCUUAGUUUUACUUUUAAUUCUCUUUCGGUCAUACACAUAACACUAUGCUACUAUUCGCUUGACUGAAAUAUUAUGAAUGUUUGACGAGUAUCACACAGACUGUUGUGUGAUAACGGCCGAAAAAGACAAAGGAGAAGCAAAAGUCAUAUCAUUCCGUGUCGUUUCCUUGCCGAAGUAAGACUAAAAAUGAUUCUUUUGAAUGGUAUAAUUUUUAUUUUGCUAGGAAUAAAUAUUCAGUUGGUGGUUUGCAAAAAAAGUCACGAAAAUUCGUUUGAAAUCGCUAAAAAUCAAUCGGAAGAGUAUCAAUUGAUAUUUGCUCACAUUAUUUAUCGUCAUGGCGAGAGGAACAUUUUUCGCGCAUAUCCCAAAGAUCCGUACAAAGAUGAAAGUUUAUGGCCCGGUGGUUUCGCCCAACUCACGAAGGUACAAGUGAUUAUAAUUACUAUUGUGAUUUGUGCUACAUAA